UGUUCCCGUUGAUUUUUCUUUUUCGAAAAUACAUCAAUGCAUCAGGCCCUAUUGAUAGCUUGAUCAGUGGUGCAGUGUUGCGUGUUUCAACCAAGCCUCCAUUUCAGUCAACAACUCUUCGGAAUACCUGACAUUUAGUGGAUAGAAUUUACACCUGUUUCUUGUCAGCAAGACGUCGCUAAGUAGCCACUGGAUAAAAGGGGGCCAAACCCGAAAGGAGGAAUAAGGAAGUGAACAAAGAGUCAUCAAGCAGAGCCAAGAAGAUAUUGCAUAAUCGUGAUGGCCAAAGCUCAAAGGACUGUGGACCUGCAUGUUCUCGGGGAUAAAGGAUCGGGCAAGUCUCUUUUCAUACGGCAACUGGCUAAUACAGUAGACUUCAGAAAGCUGAAAAUUAGUAAGAAGUGUUACGUUGUGGAAUUGGAUCUGGAAAAGCUUAUUGGAAUUCCAGUUCUUCUAAACAUCAGAGAAUACAGAAGUUGGAAGUCCCAUAGAGCUCUUAUCGCCAUUAAAUACUGUAGGGCAGAUGCAUAUUUACUGUUUUAUGACAUAGAGGAAACAACUAUCUUCGAGAGAGCUCCAAGGAUAACGCGGUGGCGUUAUUUGAAGGGAGGAAAAACCUAUCUAUUGGGAAACAAAAGUGACAGGGUAGACAGAGACAACGUUCAGUUAAUGGAUCCUAUCACUACCAAGCGACAGCCAGUGAAGCGCCACUUGAUGGUAUCAGCUAAAGAUGGACAUAACAUACAUAAAAUGCUGGUUGAUGUUCUUGGGGAUGUCUUGGGCUCCAGUUUUGUAAUCAACAGUAGUCCACCAUAUUUAGACGUGCCCACUAGGAGUCGGGAUCGCCGCUUGGAAGUUCAAACCUAUCCAGUGGGAGUUCAAGCUGGUUUGUGUGUUAUUGUUAACAACGACACGUUUGACAACGCAGCAGAUCGACACGGCGCUGACAAGGACGUUAUUAUGAUCGAAACAACAUUUCGACCACUUGGAUUUGAUAUGGGACAAGUGAAGAACAAAGACAUUUCAACACUACUGGAAGACAUGAUCCAUAUAUCUAAGCUGGAUUAUACAUCGUACAGCAUGUUUGUGUGUUUCAUCAUGUCUCAUGGGUCAGAGAACACCAUUUGUGGAGUAGACGGCCUGACUAUCGAAAUUGAAGAGUUAACAUCUCUGUUUUGUGCCCAGAAUUGUCCCGGUCUAACCGGCAAACCCAAGCUGUUCAUAAUUCAGGCAUGUCAGGGGUCUAAGGUUAAUCCGUCGGCAACCGAUCAGUGCGAUGGAACAGGUCUUGCGGACACUCGAGAGAGGACUACUGUGCCAAUGGUUGGAGACUUUUUAAUUGCAUAUGCUACCAGUAAAGGAUUCAUUGCGUACCGCAAUUCCAAAAUGGGUUCUCCGUUUAUACAGACACUGUGCGAGACAAUUCGGGAUUUUCCUGAAAAUCACAUUGUGGAUAUUCUGACCGUGGUAAACGAGAAGGUUGCCGCUAUGAAAUUUAAAGGGUCAUUUAAACAGAUGCCUAUGUUCCAGUCGCAACUUAGAAAGCACCUGUACCUGAAGAGGCCGUCCGUGAGAUCGGGCCAUGAUGACAUUGUCGACCAAUGACUGACUCUGUGAAUAUAUCGAAACUAGUUGUCCUGUUGUCCAGUUGGAUACAUGUUGACAAGGCAACAAUCAACAAUAAUGGUAAUCUGCGGAUCUGCCAGUAGGAAAAGUAGGUGUUCAGUUGGAUACGUGUUGUCAAGGCAACAGGCACCCGUACGUGACUGUAGCCUGUGGAUCUGUCAGUGACAAACCUAGGUGUUCAGAUGGCUGUAAUCUCUGGACUGACAGUAGUUUGUGGAUCUGUCAGUGACAAACCUAGGUGUUCAGAUGGCUGUAAUCUCUGGACUGACUGUAGUUUGUGGAACUGAGAAUGGCAAAACUGUCAAGGCGACAGACAACCAUUACGGACUGUUAAAUGCUGAUUGUUGAUGUAUUGAUAAUCUAUAAUUUUGUUGACAUAGACUGAUAUUUGCAUGUUAGUAGAUUUGACGUACAGAAAAAGAUUUAUGCUAGACCAAUGUAAAUCAUCGAACUGCUUUGAAGUGGAUCCAUUCAAAGUGAAUAUUUGCAUAAUUCAUCGGUUUUGGGCAGGUGCAAAGAGACUGGUUAGUUUAUGAUUAACAGAUACACAAAUUAUUUACACCAUGAAGACAAUGAACUUAAGCAUUGUUAUUUGUUGUAAACCAGUGGUAUUCAUAAAGCCAAUGUGCAAUGAGAUGAACUGUAUUUAAAUGGAAUAGAUAUUUUGACUGAGCACUACAUAUGCAUAUAUUAUUUCAGAUGUGUAUAGGCUUUGUGUCAAGCAACUACCGUAAAUGAUAAACGGAAAUAAUCUUUUUUAAUAUGUCUUGUCUGAUUUGCCUGUUUGUAAUCAAUUCAUAACACCUUAAACAAAAAUUCAACAGUCAGUAAAAAGGUUUAUAUUUCCACAAGUCCAUGAUUUAUUUACAGCCAACACUGGGUCAAGGGUCAAAAGUAGUUCCUAUGCAAAUUAGCCAACUCUCAAUGAGGUCAGGUCUGAUGUCUUGCCCCUGGCUUUCAUUGGCUGAAGAUGUCCAACAUGUUGAAGUUAGAUGCAUUAGGAAAGUGUGGAGUUUGUUCACUAGCUGUUUUUCUCCCAAUCUGGCACGGUGGUUAAAAGGUCAUAGAGGAGGAUUUUGAAUUGGCGAAUUACAGGUUAGUUUCACUUGGUUUCAUAAAAAAAUGAAAUUAAAAUACAAAAAUAUGUCUAAUUUUUGAAAGUUUAAUUCAAUAUUCAUCAUAGCUGUAUUUAUGCAUUUGGUGGAGGUAUACUUUGACUUAUAGUUAGAAGGUGGUGUCAAUAAUUUCACUUGCAAUUGAUUCAGAUUUAUGUUUGAGUCCAAACAUACUGUACAUUUACUUUACUGGUUAGAAUUAUCAUUUCCAUGCUAAUUAAGGCAUACUAUAUUCAGUCCUUGGUUGGUCCUUGGUCAUAGCUGUAUUUAUCCAUUUGGUGGAGGUAUACUUUGACUUAUAGUUAGAAGUUGUUGGUGUCAAUAAUUUCACUUGCAAUUUAUUCAGAUUUAUGUUUGAGUCCAAACAUACUGUACAUUUACUUUACUGGUUAGAAUUAUCAUUUCCAUGCUAAUUAAGGCAUACUAUAUUCAGUCCUUGGCUGGUGCUUGGUGCACGUUGAUGUUUCACAACAUGAGGCAAGUUUGAUGCAAGUUGUCCCAUAGAUGGUAAGACACGCUGAGAUGUGUCAUGGUCGUUUGGGGGCGGUGGGGUAGUCUCAUGGUUAAAGCGUCCACUCUUCACGCUGAAGUCCCGGGUUCCAUUCCCCA